CCAUUUAGUAAAACUUGUUUGAUAAGGGAAAAUACUUACAGCCGUAUAAUUUGGUGUAUGAAUUAAAUAAGCAAACUCAUUGUUCCUUCUAUCAGGAGCAGAUUUACCCUGGAAUCCAUCACAAUUUCUCUUUUUGACUUUCCUGCCCACGGAUCAGCUUUUCAGUGAUGUAAAUAAAUGUUUCUUCAUUGUCCUUGCAGGGUGGGGUGUCUUUUGAAGAAGUGGCCGUGCAUUUCACCAAGGAGGAAUGGGCCCUGCUGCGGCCCCCCCAAAGGGUGCUGUACAAGGAAGUCAUGCUGGAAAACUUUUGGAAUGUGUCUUCUCUGGGUCCUCUGAUUGCAAAGCCCGAGCUCAUAUCCCAGCUUGAAGAGAAAGAAGAUGUGUUUCUUGGGAUCUUUGAUGAAGAGGAGGAUCUGGCAGGGCAGAAACCAUAUAAAUGCUUGGAGUGUGGAAAAGAAUUCAAUAAAAGUGCACAUCAUACUUCACAUCAGAGAAUUCACAGAGGAGAGAAACCAUACAAAUGCCACUGUGGAAAAAGCUUCAGUCAGAAUGGAAACCUUAUUUCCCAUCGAAGAAUUCAUACAGGGCAGAAACCAUAUAAAUGCCUGGAAUGCGGAAAAGACUUCCGUCAGAGCGUACAUCUAACUUCCCAUCAAAGAAUUCACACUGGGGAGAAACCAUACAAAUGCCUGGAGUGUGGAAAAGCCUUCGGUCAUAGCAAAACUCUUAGUUCACAUCAGAGAAUUCACACAGGGGAGAAACCGUACAAAUGCCUGGAGUGUGGGAGAAACUUCAGUCAGAAAGUAAAUCUUACUUACCAUCGAAGACUUCACACAGGAGAGAAACCAUAUAAAUGCCUGGCAUGUGGAAAAGCCUUCAGUCACAACACAGGUCUUACUUUACAUCACAGAAUUCACACAGGGGAGAAACCAUACAAAUGCCUGGAAUGUGGAAAAGCCUUCAGUCACAGCACAGGUCUUACUUCACACCAGAGAAUUCACACAGGGGAGAAACCAUAUAAAUGCCUGGUGUGUGGAAAAGGCUUCACACAAAGGACAAGUCUUACUUCACAUCAGAGAAUUCACACAGGGGAGAAACCAUACAAAUGCCUGGUGUGUGGAAAAGCCUUCAGUCAGAGUGGAAAUCUUAUUUCCCAUCAAAGAAUUCACACAGGAGAAAUACACGCCACCAAAUGUCACCAGGCAUUUGGAAAAAGUUUCUGCUGGAUUUCACACCUUGCUUAUCAUCAAAGAAAUCACAUAGGAGAAAUCACAGAAUCCCAGCUGGAGGGGAGGAAGCGGCCGUGGGCCAGGAAGAGCUUCAGGGCCGCCCCCCAGAUGAGCCCGACGCUGCUGGGCUGGCGACCAAGGAGGCGUCUCUGUCGCCCAGGGCAGGAGGGGAAGCGGGAAGGGGGGGUCCCACGCCCUCCCCCAAGAUCAGCCAGGGGGCCAGCCGACAUCCAUGCAGAUUUACCCCAGACUUAA